AUGAAGCAGCUCUCCGCCCGCGGCGAGGCGAACCGCGCCAUGCCCGACGGCGUGUACGCCGCGUUGACGUGCAACCUCGGCCCGUGCACGGUAUGCCUUGACCCCACCAAAUGCCUUAACUAUUCCGGCAUCCCGUGCGUCAUCACGAGGUUUGGCGACUGUGACCCCGAAGAAGGCGGCAACCUCUUCCUGUCGCACUUCGGCCUGCGCAUCGGUUAUCGAAUAAACUCCACCAUGUCCGCUAGCUCGAAUACGUCCUUGCCCGCUGCUACCAGCCCUGUGGUGCUAUCCAAGGCCAGCAUUUCCGACUCAGAAAAGGAGCAAAAGCAGAAGGCAACGGCCAAGAAGGCGACCAACGCCCUCUUCAUGGCGAGGAUUGCCGAGGAAAGACGAGGCAUAUACAAUACGGCGCCGGACAUGGCCUUGGAGCUCAAUAGGUGA